UGGCCUGAAUCUCGGCUGGGCUCAGCCCUGCGCGAUCCCGGCCGGGGCCGGAGUUGCCGCCGCUCUAGCCUCUGGGUCUCCUGCCGGCCCGAUGGAGGAGGAGGAGGAGGAAGCGCGGGGGCUUCUGAGCAGCGGCCCCCACGAGGCCGGGAGCGAUGCCCCCGCCACCCCCGGGGCGCUGCCGGCGCUCUGCGACCCCAGUCGCUUGGCGCACCGGCUUUUGGUGCUGUUGCUGAUGUGCCUCCUCGGCUUCGGCAGCUAUUUUUGCUAUGAUAAUCCUGCUGCCCUUCAGACUCAGGUUAAACGGGAUAUGCAAGUGAAUACCACGAAAUUUAUGCUGCUGUAUGCCUGGUAUUCUUGGCCCAAUGUAGUUUUGUGUUUCCUUGGUGGCUUUUUGAUAGACCGAGUAUUUGGAAUACGAUGGGGCACCAUUAUUUUUAGCUGCUUUGUUUGCAUUGGACAGGUUAUUUUUGCUCUGGGUGGAAUAUUUAAUGCAUUUUGGCUGAUGGAAUUUGGAAGGUUUGUGUUCGGGAUCGGUGGGGAGUCCUUAGCAGUUGCUCAGAAUACAUAUGCUGUGAGUUGGUUUAAAGGCAAAGAAUUGAACCUGGUGUUUGGACUCCAACUUAGCAUGGCUAGAAUUGGAAGUACAGUAAACAUGAACCUCAUGGGAUGGCUGUAUUCUAAGGUUGAAGCUUCGCUGGGUUCUGCUGGUCACACAACCCUUGGAAUCACACUUCUGAUUGGGGGUAUAACCUGUAUCCUUUCACUAAUUUGUGCCUUGGCCCUUGCUUACUUGGAUCAGAGAGCAGAAAGAAUUCUUCAUAAAGAACAAGGAAGAACAGGUGAAGUUAUUAAGUUGACUGAUGUGAAGGACUUCUCCUUGCCCCUGUGGCUCAUAUUUGUCAUCUGUGUCUGCUAUUAUGUUGCGGUGUUCCCUUUUAUUGGACUUGGGAAAGUUUUCUUUAUAGAGAAAUUUGGAUUUUCUUCCCAGGCAGCAAGUGCUAUUAACAGUGUUGUAUAUGUCAUAUCAGCCCCCAUGUCCCCAAUAUUUGGGCUGCUGGUGGAUAAAACAGGGAAGAACAUCAUCUGGGUUCUGUGUGCAGUGGUGACCACUCUUGCUUCCCACAUCCUGCUGGCUUUUACACUGUGGAACCCUUGGAUUGCUAUGACUCUCCUGGGACUGUCCUAUUCAUUGCUUGCCUGCGCUUUGUGGCCAAUGGUGGCGUUUGUAGUUCCUGAACAUCAACUGGGAACUGCGUAUGGCUUCAUGCAGUCCAUUCAGAAUCUUGGGUUGGCGAUCGUUUCCAUCCUUGCUGGCAUGAUAUUGGAUACUCGGGGAUAUUUGUUUCUAGAACUUUUCUUCAUUGCCUGUGUGUCUUUGUCACUUUUAGCUGUGGUCUUACUGUAUUUGGUGAAUCGUGCCCAAGGUGGGAACCUAAAUUAUUCUGCAAGACAAAGGGAAGAAAUGAAACUUUCCCAUUCUGAAUGAGAAGUUUAAAUGACUGUGUCAUGAGAAUGGGCUGCACACAUCAUUGAUCUGAAACCUCCAUUUAAAAAAAUUUUUUUUCUAUAUAGUUUAGUCAUUAGGAAAAAUAAUGGUCUGGAAAGUUAUAUUUAUAUUUCAGGUACACCUGUUUUAAAGUAUAUUUGUGAAGACUGUUUACCCUUUGUCUUUGUGUGUUGCUGUCGAAUUUUACUUCAGACUAGGCUAAUCAGCAAUGAAGUUUAGAAAAUUGUGCUGGAACAUUCAGGUGAAUUUUAGUAGGGACCAUGAAUAAUGGAAACCAUUGGAUCUUGUAUUGAGAUCAUUUUCAUAGAGUAUAUCAUGGGGAUAUGGCUUUUUUUUUUUUUUAAAG